AUGAAGCACUUCUACAACUACAGCCUCGACGACUUCCACGACAGCGAGCACGAGUACUUCUACGACCUCAACAACAACGAGUACCACGACUUCCACAACAGCAACAAGUACGACCACAAGUACUACAACUUCAACGACCUCAACAACAACAUCGACAACAACUGCAUCGACAACAACCUCGACAACGACAUCAACAACUACUUCGACGACCAGUGCUUCCACAAGUGCUCCAACAACAACUAG